AGAAACAACAUGUCGCACAUCACACAUGUAUCUCGCUGGUCAACGACAUGGACGAGACAUCCUCGAAACACUUCAUCCAGCCCUUGACACCAGCAAUCCAUAACCUCCCCGUCCAUCCCUCCCUUCAGUCCAAUCUCACCACCCACCAUGACAAUCCCCCCAAUGCCCCCCUCCCUGCAAGCCCGCCUCACACGCGCCAAAGCCGUCGCCCGCCGCGGCGCCUUUCCCACCCCCACAAAAGCAGAAUGGAACCUCUACCUCACCGGCAUCAAGCUGCGCACCUCCGGCCACUUCGAAGAAAAUCAACCGCGAAACAUCGAGUGCGUGCUGGACUGCGGCGAAGGACCGUGUCCGUAUCGGCCGUUGGAGGACAAAGACGUCAUUGAGGCGGAUGAGAGACGACUUGCUGCUGAGCGGUGGGCGGCGGAUGUCAGGGCUGGGAGGGUGAGGGUGGAGUCUUCUGAUGGUGGUGCUGGUGGAGUGGAGCGCGGAGCUGGGGAGAACGAGGAGGAGGAAUCGUCUUCUGCACCGCCCAGUCAGAACCUCGAUCUCGAGCGCCUUGAUGCGAAACUCCGGCGUAUAGAUUCGAACCUCGCGGAGCACAGCCGAGAUCACCCCAUUUCACCGUCGGCAGCAGAACGAAACAAACAUCCAAAACGCAGAAGUCCAUGGCGAAGACGCACGAGCACCGACGACGGCCUUGAAAUGUCCACGAAGCCGAAGGCCUCGACGAAUAACAAGCGCAUCCCUGUCCUUCAUGCACCGCAGCCUCGGCCUCAGCCGCAAGCGAAAAGCAGAACGUCGUCUUCCUCGCUUUCCUCGCCUUCAUCUUCAUCCCACUCAUCUUCUGCGACUACCCCGGCAAUGAUGCGGACCGCACAAGGGUGGAAGAGGUGUAAAUGCCUGACUCGAAGGGCGAAAUCAACAGCAUCGCAGCGCGGAGAGGCCGCUUAGCCGUUGGCGAGCCCGGGAGACGGGGAGGGGUGCUCACAGUACCAGCUAUGCAUUUGGGAAAGAUGAUUGGAAUUCGAAUGGCAGAAACGCUCUAUCAAACCAUUGUAUACAGGUGGACGUUUUUCGCUCUCUCUGUGGUGCCUCAACAACGCUGCGCAACAGCCUUGAUGCCAGCCCCUUUUCCCUCCGGAGCAAGGGAAGAAAAGAGUACAUAGCACAAAGAAAGGAAAGGGAAAGGUAGCACAUGUCUAUCG